AUGGACCAACAAGUCACUCUGAAUCCUCAAAACCUAAUGACAGACAAGAAAGGGGAACCAGAAACAGCACCCAAAAUCACGGCAUGUCAAAACUUGAAACCAGUGAAAUUAGUUGCUGGGAAGGAUUUUCUUCAACCACAACCAUUAACUUACUUUGACCCACCACGGGUAAAACAAAUAAGGGGAACAAAUAUUGAAUGUAUUUACUACCAAAUCAUGCAUAAUGGACCAAUACCUCGGUAUCAAUACCCUAUCGAUAUUACUAGGGCCAUUCAAAACCGGAGCGUGAUCGAUUGUGAUGUGACUGAUGUGUAUGAAACCGAUGAAGUAUCUGAUCCCAAAGUUCUACCAGAUCAAUCAAACCCACAAAACACAUUGUUAUGGUUUACAAUGAGUGAUGGUUCCAAUAGAAAAGGGGGAGCGUGUAUUAUCCUUUUCGUAAUUUAG